CAUUGAACCAUAUUAUUCGAUUAGAAAACCAUUCAGAAACACUGCCUUUUGAGCCAUUUUGCCAAUUCUUCAGACAUUAUUUCUAUUUUACAGGCAAGAUCCAGAGGUACCAGUUCAUAAUACGAAGAUGGAAAAUGAAGUGAAUGAUCUAGACUACUUGAAUGACAUCAUCCCUUAUAGGUGUCCGAAGUGUAGAGAUGAGAGGAAAUUUUCCUCCCUCUCCGAUUUACGUCUCCAUUUGGAGAAAAAUCAUUCUUAUCAAGUGGGAUAUGUAAGACCUCACACAAGGACACAGGUCUUCGAUGCCAAAUCUGUAAAAACUAAACAAAACACCUCUAUCAAUAAUAAGGGAUUUCUGAGAGAGGAGCCACCUUCUUCCAAGAGUGGAUCCUUAGAUGGAAGAUCUUCCCCUCUGCUUCAGAGCUUCAAGGAAGAUGCCAGGAUACUUGAGAGUGAACUCCAAGCAGCCAAGGAAGCUGAAAGGAGGAACAAAAUGAGACUGAAGAAUGGCGAGAGGGAGAAAAUGGAUGAAUCGGGCACGAUCCAUAAUUUACAUCACAAGUUAAUGUCGUCUAGAAGUCGGCAAUGGAGGGCUGAGGAGGCUUUGUAUAAUAUUGACAGUGUCCUGGAAAAUCUAGAAAAGUCUGCCGAGAAGCGAUUCCAAGAUCAGAGAGGAGUUAUCAAUGAUCUUGUCUCAAAUCUAGACAACAGGGAAGAGCAGUUAAGUCAGGCUAACACAACACUUCAAUGUUUGCAGAGAGAACGACAGAAAUUAAUGAGAGAAACACAAGAGAUGCUUCAACAAAGUGAGAUCAAAAAUGAGAGGCUUGUAUUGGAACUUGAGAGAAGGGAUGAUGUUUUACACUCCGUGGAGGGCCAAUUAAAGGCCCUGAGGGCCAAAACUGAGGAGAGCAUCAGACGGAAAGACAAUGAGCUGUUAGUGACAAAGGAUCGUGUUCAUCAACUGGAAUUGGAUAAGGAGACUUUGGUGAGGGAUGUUGAGGAGUUAUUGACGGCAACUGAUAGAGACAAUACAAUGUUAAAACAAACACUUGAUUCCAAAGAGAGGCAGCUCAGACUGGUCAAUAAUGAACUGCUUAAAAUCAGAACUGAGCAGUCUGACUUAAUGGAUGAGAGUAUGAAGCUGUAUGAAGCAGCAGAGAGGGGAAAUCAGAAAUUAGAGAAAGUCAUACAAAGCAAGGACAGUAAGCUUCACCAGGCUGAGAGUGAACUCUUCAGGAUAAAGAAGGUGCAAGAGAAUUUAGUGAGUGAAUCCCAGCUUCUGACAGAACAAGCUGACAGUCACAGCCAGGCCAUGAGGAGGGUCCUAAUAGAGAAAGAGGGGGUCAUCUCCUCCAUAAAGCAGGAACUGGGGAGGGUGACAGCAGAGAGGGACAAGCUACUGCAGACAGUAAAGCAAGCGCCUGUCAAAGUCCAGGCCUCAGAAGGAAAUAAUAGGACUGAGGCUCUCAGCUCUCUAAACAGGAAUGGGACAAUUAAGGAUCAUGAACAGGAGGUGCAUAAUCAAGGGGAUAUAACUCUUCAGAAUUCUGAUGAACACAUUCAAAGGGACAUAACUCCAGCACAACAUGUAAAUAAUUUAGAAUUAAGCAAACUACAAUCUGUACUUGAGGAGAGGCAAGUUCAUUUGGAAGAAAAAGAGAGGGAGCUGGAAUCCUUAAAGAAGUUUAUCAACACUACUGCAGAGAAAGAGACAGUAGCUCGUAAGAAGCUGGAGGAGUUUAUCAGUGAGCUGAUUGAUCGAGCUGACCGAGCUGAGAGGGAGCUGGACAUGAUGAGGAGAGAGGCCAGGAAAACCACCCACCAAUCAGCUGAUGUACCAGAGAGGGAUGUUCAGAUUGUAAUAGAAAAUCAAAGACAGCAGCAUUCUAGAAUGCCUAAAUCCAAUCAAAUAACAGCAAACUCUACACUUGGAUCAUCAACUGUACACUCCUCUCUGGCCAGACAUCUUGUUGAGGCUACAGUUGAACCCUGGCAGAAAUCCUUCACAGCACCAGCAUCCAAUCACAGCAAAGAACAUCUAUAUCAGAGAGAUUCUGAAAAUACCACUGAAGAAGAUAUCAAACCUGUAGCUCAAAGAAAUAGCAGGAAGCCAGUCCCAAAAAGAAGAAACAGAGCACAUCAGCCAAAGGAAUCAGAAUCUUUUAGAGCAUUACAACACCAGUCCUCUAAUGACACAGGAGUUAUGUCCCCUGAUGAAGAUUCUACAGAGUACUCUCCCUUGCCAACUGCAAAGUUUCCAGACAGGAGACAACAGUUUCAGAGAGCUGAUUCUAACCAAUCCUAUGUUUCACAGAGACAUGGUUGGAUGGAUCCGGAUUCUGUUUUGUACAGUGAGGUCAUGGAUGACUCCGAGUUGGAGAAAAUCAGUGUGGAAUCUUUUAACAAGCUUCCAGAUGAACUUCACCAAAUCUGUGGAAGUGAUCCAAAAGUGGUUUACAUACCUUUUAACAGAAAGACAGGUCAACCCAUCAAAAUGGAGCCACACCGAGAAACUAAAAGUGAUCUUGUGGGUAGACACAGAAUGUGUUCACACACCCCUAGAAAUACCCAAGAAAACCCUGAUCAAAAUCAAUCCACGAAUCAGCUUACCCAAAAGACCCUAAGCCAAGAAAAAACCCAUGAAGAACAGACCUCUGACACUUAUACAACAAGUCACACUGAAUUCAAAGAAAUUCAGCCAAGACAAAAGCUUAAUUGUCAGAAAGAACCUAGUAGCUCUAAAGAUAAACAUAACAGAAAAACAAAAUCCAAGAAUACUUCUACAAAAUCAUCUAAUCCUGGGAGUCAUCCAAAGCAAAGAACUAGGGAGAAUAGUAAGGAGAAAGUGACCAUGAAGAGCAUUGGGGUGAUGGCUGACAUACCAUCGUUCCAAGGUACCAGUACAGAGUCAGAAUCGUGUGAAGAAAUGGAAAUGGCUGAUAAUUCACUUUCUGAUGUCAACUCAUUUUCAGAAGACUAUCCCAUGGAAAAACAGGAUUCAUUUGAGAAAGAAGUUGAUGAAAAUGGUAUUAUAUGGGGCCUAGAUGAACAAUCCCACAAUUCACUUAUGGAAUCCAGAAGAUUUAGUCCAUAUGGGAGUGAAAUGAAGAGUUCCUCAACUCAAGGGGGAGCACUCUUGGAUGAGUCUGAUUCGCUGGAUGACAUUCCUGUGAGAGAUCAAACCAAUAGAAAUGGGGGAUACCACUCAGAAGAAAAUGAAAAUGCAGAAUUAAGCAGUGUCUCUUUCCACACAUACCCACCAGGUAGAAAGCAAGUGAACUUUCAGACAAUUUCUGGACACAGUGAUCCCACACAUUAUGGGGGUUUCAAAAGGUCACACAAACACAGGUUCAAUCCUAAGAAUAGAGGUUAUGAUAUUCUUGCCAAUGAUACAGAUGAAGAUGAUUAUUAUGAAGACAUUCAAAGAUGGAAAGACUUGACAGCUGAUGUAAACACAGAUCUUCAGAGAGAGAUGGCAGUGUCUUUUCCUAGGCUUCCAAUUUUUUCCAGAGUAGGAAGACCUGAAAAUCCAAAAUGGCAUUCAAGACAAUCAUCCACCAGAUUACCAAUGUCUACCAGAUCAGACACAUUUCUUAGUCAACAGAACUAUUCAAGACAAAGAGAGGGUCAUCCAGAAUAUUCAUUACAUUCUGUUCUACCCUUUGGGGAACCACCACAAAGAACAAUGUCUUCACCAGGGCUGUAUAAGAGGUACAUUACAAAUGAAGACAUUCCACGUUUUCAUAGAAAUUUCCAUUCACCCAUUUCUUUGUCUUGGGGACCAUCCUUCCAGAGAGAAAGAUUCACCAGAAAUGUUGGAAAUAGGCUAAGUUCUAGUUUAUCUAACCUAAACCAAAGAGCAGCUUCAGAACUUUAUCCCAGAACUUCUGUCUGCAAGGAUUCUACUACACAAACAUGGUUGCUUGAUAGACAGCUUACAGAAAAUGAUCUUCAUUAUAUGAAGGAAAUUUCUAGCUCUGUUUCCUCUUCUGAUAAAACUUCUGCUAGAAAUUCACAUUUUGGUAGUCAAACACAUACCUCUAAUCAGAAAUCAGAGUCUGUUGCUUCUUAUUCAGUUGGGGAACAAAGCAGCAAAAGAUCUACUCUGUUUGAUGGCAACUCCUCUCCAUCAUUACCAAAUGAAGACAAAAUUAAUAAGCAGCAAGAAGAGAAUAGUGGGAGAUCUGGGAAAGGCAAUGUUAACACACUUCAAGGGGCUCACAGUUCUUCAUCUUCUGACAUUUCCAAAGAUAGAGGGACCCCAAAUGCUAACAUUUCCAAAGAAAGACAAUCUUCAAAUACUGAUAACUGUUUGCACACCCCUUCAGCAUCUAUAUCCAGCAAGUCACACACUAGUAUUGAUGCUUUAGCUCAACAGCCUCCUGAGAGAUUAAAACUUGGUUCAGAAAAGACUGAAAGUAAAAUAAAAAUAAAAGAUGAAACUGAUAUAAAUGACAGUCAAAAAACAUACAACUCCAAUACCAGUGGAGAAUUGUCAUGUACAAAGUCAGGUAAAAAUGCAAGCACAGUAGACAAUGAUUUAGAUCAAAGUCUCAUUAAUAGAAGAUCAAUGGUUGAUGAAGAGACAAAGCUAUUGGCAAAAAGUUUGACAGAAGAUGAAUUGAGUAACCAAUCUUGGAACAGUAUACAAACUUCUGAAUCAAAUAGUGAUGCAAAUGAUUCAAAACAUCUUGCCAAGAAUUCCAGUGACUGUGAACAAAGAAAGAUGUCAUUUUCAGAUUUUUCUGAAUCAGACCAUAGCAAAAUUGGCAAAAGUGAUGACAAACAGGGUCAUUCUCAGUCAUCCUCUUCCAUAAGUCAUUCCAAGUCUGAAGCUAAUCCACCCAGUUAUCAUGGGAAAUCUUACAGUAAAGAAGAAGUUUUGUCAAACAAGAAUAGUGUUCAGUCAAGAAGUGCUACACCAAAUUCCAAAAGUAUGAAAUGCAAAGAAAAUAGUUCUCAGAGCUUAGAAAAUAAGCAAAGGUUAUCAAAUAAUACAGAAACAUUUUGUGAUCCUGAUGCCAUCAGUUUUUCACAUGAAAUCAAACAUUCUAGUGACCAUACAGAAGAAGCAGACGACACCUCAGCUAUGACAGACCUCAGCAUUGAUUCCCAUGUUGCUGACAUAAGCAACCAGAGCUCUAACUUCAGCAAUUUCUUCAAGAACAGCUCAUCUGAAAAAGAAAAGGGAGAAAAGGUGGAUGAUCCCGAUAAAGACUUGGAUAGCCUUGAAGAACCAUUGGGAUAUCUUCAAAAAGAUGAGGCAGUUGGUAAAGAGACUUCAGAAAAGGAAUAUCAGAGAGAUUUGGAGCAGAACAAGAUGGCAUCUCCAACAUCAGACUUUGAACCCUUCUCCAUUGCCUUUGAAGCCAAAGCCCCUGAUUUCUCUGAGCCCCAGGAAACAGAAGAUGAGGAUGAUUUAUCCACACUGGACAGCUGUAGUGUAACCAUCAGCAGCUCUGAAGGAAGCAGAGUGUUGACAAACCACAGGGAGGAAACCAGAAGGAGGAGACGGGCCCUACAGAACAUUUUUGGAUUCCUGGACACGGAAUCUCUCCUGGUGGUGGCUCAGGUCUGUAGAGAAUGGAAAAAGGUCAGUCGCAACCGGUCACUAUGGAAACGGGUGGUUCUGGAAAACAGGAAGUGUUCAUCCAAGUUUCUCAUCAGUUUAUCAAACUGGUGUAGCUCCAUGGAACAACUGACUUUGAGGAAUCUUUCUCCAAGAAAUCAAUGGCAAACAGAAGCAGAUGAUGUUUAUCAGAGUUCCAUCAGAGGGAGUUUAGAGCCAGGAUUAGAGCGACUUCUACAGGUGUGCGAGUCCUCUCUCAAGUCCAUCUCAAUAAUUAGCUGUGGUGCUCUACUGACAGAUAAGAGUAUUUGGUUGGUCAGCUGUUAUAGUCGAAUGCUUCAAAGCGUGGAGUACUUGUCAGAUUUAUUCCCCCUGGGACCUGACGUUAUGUACGCCUUGGGAGCUGGGUGUGGGAAUAUCACAACCCUCAAGAUUUCACCCAUUUUUCCAUGUGAAAAUGAAGAAAAGUUUUCCAACAAAUGCCUGCAGAUUGUGUCUCAGUUUUGCUGUGACCUUGAAAUUUUAAGCAUUGGUGGAUCCAAGAUAGACAUCAAUGGACUUGUGCUCAUUGCUAAGUCCUGUCAGAGACUACAGGAGCUGGAGCUCCAUCACUGCCAGGAAGUGACAUCAGAUACAGCUGUCGCCAUCUGUAGGCUGGGACUGAAACAGCUUCUGACUCUGUCAUUUGUACACACACCCAUCACCGCUGACGCUCUCAAGCAUUUCUACAAAUCCUGCAAGCACUUAAAGAGCCUCCAUGUGGCUUUGUCAAUAAUGGACUUCCAAAAGGACAAUUCUGAGAAAGAGGAUGCCAAAUUAAAGAAAUGGCAGAAAUUUGUCAAAGAUAUAAAGAGCCUCGAGAAAAUCCCAGGCCUUGGAAACAUACUGAAACUCAAAUUUACAACACACUUGAACAAUGUGGACACGAACAUUCAAUAAUAUUGAUAUUUUUAACAUUUUGAUAUAUAUUAUUUUUAAUAUGGGACUGGAAUUAAUAUGAAAUUUCAUAAUUAUUUUCCAAUGGCA